AUGAGCGCCCACGUCGUGGUGAUCGACGCGACGGCUAGAAGGGCAACCAUCAAGACAACGCCCGCCAAACACUUGACAGAUGUUUUGCAAGAGGCAUGCUCGAAGCUUGGAUACAAUCCCAAUCAAUAUGGAUUAAAGCACAAUCGAAAACAGCUAGACCUCUCCCUCUCAUUUCGCCUCUCUGGUCUCAGCUCUGGCGCGAAACUGGAGCUUGUUCAACUUUCUCGUUCGCCUUCAGUUGUAACCGUCGCCCUGCAAAUACCCGAAUCUGAAGCCCGUGGCGCCCCGAACGGCCGUAUACUGGACAAAUUCCCCAGCACAACCACACUUUGGCUGGUUCUGCGCAAGUUCGAGGCUGGAGUAGCUGGUGGUGGACAGACCAGGAAUCUCACGGCGCGUGGUGUGCCCACCACCAGCGGCGGCACUGGAGCGGGGCGCCUUUACUAUGAGAGCCCAGUGCUUCAAAUCCUGGAGCGCGAGUUAUCAAGUUUUACGGAUCUGCAGAAGUCGCUUGCGCAGCUGGGUUUCAACGGUGGAAAUGUGCUUAUUCGACUCAGCUUCCGGCGCACAGACGAGCCCCUCGAAGAGGCGAUGACCAAGAUCGGCGAAUACUUCCAGUCAUUUGAGGAUGCCGAGCCUGUCUCAGCACCUAAUCCAGCACCCACAGCGCCUCCAGUUGCAGCAACGGAGGAGCCGUUUGCACAGCAAGCUCCCAGUUCUUUGCACCCCGAGCCCACCACCGCGCCCACCGCGCCGUCAGUCCCAGAUCAGGAUGGAGCACCCCCACCAGCGCUUGAGGCGUCUGAUUCAGCUCCGGGCUCUUCCCGGCCCAUAACCGUCUUCUCCCCUCCCACCGCCAGUACUCCAUCGUCCGCCCAAAUCCCUUAUAACGAAAAUGAUUAUGUCCCCUCAAUCGAGCACGCAAAAGCCCACCAGCGACAGCUCAACCAGUCCUCCCGCCCAAUCCGCCUGCCCACCGACGCCGAGAUUGCCGCCAAAGCAGCUGCAGAGGAGAAGCGACGCUCCGAGAUCCGUGAAGUGGACGUAAAAGUUCGCUUCCCAGACCAAAGCCAAGUGGUAGCCAAGUUCGGGCCACCCGACACGGGGCAGUCGCUGUAUGACUUUGUGCGCAGCUGCCUGUCCCCAUUGUUUAUAAGCGAGAAGUUCGUCCUCAAUGCCUUUGUGCAUGCGGCACCACGUAACCCGAAUGCGAACGUGAUCCCAGAUUCUAGCCAAACGCUUCUGAUCAAGGACCUGGGACUGGUGGGCCGCGUGCUGGUCAAUUUCUCCUGGCCCGAUAGUGCCGCCGCCUUUGUUCACCAGCGCCGCGCAGAUCUUCUUCGUCCGGAGCUCCGGAGCCAGGCCCGCGAGCUGAAGGUUGAACAGCCACCGGAAUUUGUGGAAGAACCGGCGACGUCGGUGUCGCAGGGGGCUGGACCGCGUGGGACUCGUGAGGGCGAGAAGUCCAGUGGUCUUCGGAAGAGCGGUGGUAUGCCUAAGUGGCUGAAGCUUCCGGGAAAGAAAUGA